CUCAGAUGGCUCAUUGCAGUGGCUCGAUUCUUCAAAUUCGGUCGAUUUUAGUUUAUUCUUUUUUUUCUUUUUGCAAAAAAAUCACGUCUUUUACUUCUUAGUUUUUAUAAUAAUUUUUAUUUAUAUUUCUUAAAAAAAGAAUAUGAUUUUGGUGUCAUUGGUGGUGCUCCUUGGAGCUGUUUUGACCUCCGGAGCAACCAUUGGAACGGAUACUUUAAAUGCCACAACUAGUAAAUUGGAGCCAAAAAUUGUGGGUGGAUCAGCGGCUAAUAUAUACAAUUAUCCGUAUACGGUCUCUAUCCGGCUCACGGCUACGGAUAGAAAGAGUUACGGAUCGGGGCACUUGUGUGGCGGCGUUGUUGUAUCCCAGCGAUUGGUGGCCACGGCAGCCCAUUGCACUUACAAUUCUGGUACGAAAAAGUACCGAACGGCGGGGGAGUACUUCCUAGUUAUGGGUAGUACCUAUUUGAGGAGCCGUACUGCCGAUACCCAGGAGUACUACGUCCAGAAGCUGGUCAUCCAUCCAUCCUAUAACCACGACUCCCUGACCAACGACAUUGCUCUGAUGUUCAUUAAUGGAUAUAUCCCCUGGAACUCCACUAUGGUCAAGGCUCUGCCUCUGAAUGCAGCGGCUUUGGCCGCAGGAACCUCGUGUUACAUUUCCGGAUGGGGACUACUAUACGACGGUGCUUCCAGUACCAGUAAUACCCUGCAAGCCGCUGUAGUGCCCAUUGUCGAGCAUGCCACCUGUGCCCUAUCCUAUCAGCCCCUACCCACUUCCCAGAUCUGUGCCGGCUUUUUGGCCGGCGGAGUGGAUGCCUGCCAGGGCGAUUCCGGUGGACCGAUGAUGUGCAACGGUGUCCUGGCCGGCGUGGUGUCCUAUGGCUAUGGCUGCGCCCAGGCCGGAUAUCCCGGUGUCUAUACCAAUAUCACCUUCUAUCGCAGUUGGAUCGUCCAGCAGAACAGCUCCUUCGAUUAUUCCGUUUAUCGGAAUGCCGGAAUCCGGCAAGGAACUGGCUCUAUCCUUCUGAUUGUCCUGGCCAUCGUCCUGGCAGUUGGGACAGUGGAACUGUGAUUCCUGAUCUUCAACUUAGGUUAUAGACUAAUUAAAUAAAUUGAUUUUUUUUUGUCUAUUUUUAUAAAAAAAUA